CUGACCUACGGACGUUAGGAAGACCGCCCUAAAAAAUUCUCAACGUAUUUUUUAAGCGACGGGAAUUGAUGUCGUCAUCAGUAUGCGACCACAUGUGUUGUAAGGGGAAGUUGAGGAAAAACAGAUGAUCUGAAAUUUACUUUGCGUUUAACUCAAGAUGAAAGAAACUCCUUUAUCGAAUUGCGAACGGCAGUUUUUACUCAAAGCAAUCGAAGAGAAAAAGCGUUUGGAUGGAAGACAGACGUAUGAUUACAGGAACAUCAAGAUCACAUUUGGGACAGAUUAUGGAUGCUGCAUUGUUGACAUUGGGAAGACCAGGGUCUUGGCACAAGUGUCUUGUGAACUGGUGGCUCCAAAAGACAGUCGUCCAACAGAGGGGAUCCUGUUCUUCAAUCUGGAGUUGUCAUCCAUGGCAUCGCCGGCCUUUGAGUCCAACAGGCAGUCUGAAUUACUUGUGAAGUUGAACAGGCUAUUGGAACGAUGUCUCAGGAACUCCAAGUGUAUUGAUACAGAGUCUUUGUGUGUGGUAGCUGGUGAAAAGGUGUGGCAGAUUCGAGUGGACAUUCAUGUGUUGAACCAUGAUGGAAACAUCAUGGAUGCUGCUAGCAUUGCAGCAAUCACAGCGCUGAGCCAUUUUAGAAGACCAGAUGUGGGGAUUCAGGGAGAGGAGGUCACUGUGUAUGCCCUGGAGGAGCGAGACCCGAUUCCUCUAAGCGUCUACCACAUGCCCAUCUGUGUCAGUUUUUCUUUUUUCCAACAAGGGACGUAUCUCCUAGUGGACCCCUGCGAGCGUGAAGAACGGGUUAUGGAUGGUCUUCUGGUUAUAGCCAUGAACAAGCAUCGGGAGAUCUGCUGCAUCCAGUCGAGUGGAGGGAUUAUGCUGCUGAAGGAGCAGGUCCUGAGAUGCAGCAAGAUUGCGAGUGUCAAAGUGACUGAAAUAACAGAACUAAUCAAUAAAGCUCUGGAAAAUGACAGGAAAGUCAGGAAGGACGGAGGCAAGUUUGGCUUCGCUGAAUCAAUGCCAAAGGAACGAAUCACAGCAUUAAAGACUGAGGUUGCUCCAGUGGAGAUGACAGACAUUGAGGAGAAGGCCAAGGAAAUCAUCUGCAGAACUGAAGCCCCAUCUGAAGUUGUGUCAUCACCAGUGGUGUGUGCCCCUGGCACAGGACAGGUGGGAGAAGGCCUACAGAACUCUUGGGGCCUGGAGGAAGUGGACGCACUGGAGGAUGACGUGGGGGAAGAGAGAGAAGAACAGGAUAUGAGAGAACAGCUUGAGGAGGAAAGCAGAAAUGCUGAAAAAGGGGAUGUCGUAGUAAUAUCAGACAGUGAAGAGGAAGACGUUGUGAUAUUACAUGAAGGAACACAAGUAAAACAUGUCAAAAAGCAGUCUGUGGAUUCACAACAGCUAGCUCCGUCUACAGCGAAGAGGAGGAGGAGGAGGAAGAAGCAAGUCAUUUGAAACAAUCCUGUUGUGCUGCACCGUCAUUGUUGGAAAAGUGCAUAAAUGGCACUGCUCAGUAAAGUUGAUUUGUAUAUAUAUUUUUUUAAAGGUGGGAAAUGAUUUACAUGUCUAUGGGGAAAAAGUCUGCUUUCAGUAUGUUGAAUAGAUUUUUGGAGGGUUAGGAAUUCAAAGCAUACCAGGCAGAUAUAUUUGGGACAAAAUUUGAAACAUUAAACAAGCAC